AUGACGACUAACUAUUUGGUGCCAAACACUAAACCGAUUAAUGGAAAUGUGUUUCAUUCAUUCGAAAAGAUAAAUGAAAUAUUCGCAAAGAAUGACGGUAGAAGAUAUUAUAGAGAACUUGAAAGUUCAUGCUAUGACUCUGAUACUCCAUAUUUUGAUGAUAAACAAACUCAUUUAAGAAUUACAAAUCCAGCUCAUGAUGUGAACCAAUUAGGUGACACAUAUAUUAAACGCAAAGUUAAAGCAACUCUAGUUUCAAAUAAAGCUUUCACAUGUGAUGCCGCUUUUAAAUGCAUGCGUUUAUUCGUUGGUUACAAAUCAUCAAAUCAAAGCUUUAAACAAUUAGAAGUAGAAACCGAAAGAGGUGAUGCCGGUUAUCUUCAGAUGGAUUGCGCCCGUGAAUCUUUCGCAUUUGCAACAUAUAAACCAAAAUCAGAAAGGAAAGUUAAAAAGUUUGUUCAUUCGUUAUAUAAUAAUGUUCAAAAAUAUGAUAACUCAGUAUGUGGUAAAUAUAUUGACCCUUCAGAAGUUUUCAAGAAAGCAAAUGAAGAAGUUGAUGUCACUUUUGAUAUGAUUAUUCCGGUAAAUGAUUUGUUAGCAUUUCAGGCGUUCGAUGAUUAUCCUAAAUCAUUUGGUGAUAUCAUUCUUAAAUAUUAUGUUUUCAGGGAUACUUUAGUAUUUUGUCAGGUUGACCCGUUAAGAGUUGCUGAUUUACAAAAUUACGUUUAUGAAAAGAUAACUGAUGAAAAUUAUGAAAAGAUUAUGAAUCAUGUUUAUAAAUAUGAUCGCAAAUUCCAACAAAUCGGACUUCCUGCCAAAUUAAUUACAAGCUUAGCCGCUACAUCUGCUGACGCAACAGUUGAUGAC